AUGACCUUUCUUCAACGCCUUCUACUCAACCAGAAAUCCAACCCCAAGCUCCUCCACGACCGGGAGAUAAUGACGCACGCCUUUGGAAACAUCACAGCUGGAAGCGAUACCACAGCCACGGCCAUGCGAUCUAUCGUCUACCACGUACUCAAGAACCCAGACGUAUGUGCCAAGCUGCUCCAUCCGUCGGUCGGCAUGCUGUUGGCGCGGACGGUGCCUGCUGAGGGCGCACAACUGUGCGGUUACCAAAUCUCCGGAGGAGUCGAAGUUGGUCUCAACCCAUGGGUUCUUCAUCGAAACCCUGAGAUUUAUACGGACCCGGAUGGCUUCUGGUUGGAUAGAUGGUCACCGUCUGUCUCAGAUGAGGAACGGCUGCGAGAGAUGAACCGUGCCUUCUUCACCUUUGGACACGGUUCUCAUACGUGCAGUGGCAGAUGGAUUAGCAUCAUGGAGAUGACCAAGUUGAUUCCAACUCUAUUGCUGCAUUCUAAUAUGGAAUUGGUAGAUGACGGAAAGACGUACGGAUUCGAUGAUUAUUGGUUCAUGAUGCAGGAAGGGUUGUCUGUCAAGUUUUGA